CCUAAAUCCUCGUAAACUGUACAUAUAUCCCACUCUCGGUGACCCGCGACUUUAACGGUGCCAUUAAGUUGAAAUUCAUCCAAAAAAGCAAUCGUAUCUUCUCCCGAUGAAGUUUUCCGUGCGAGUGCGCGGGGACUGGUUUGCCGUACCCUGCAAAGGCAUCGAAAAAGUUCGCUGGCUUGGAGAGGAAGCGUUGAGGCGGUAUUACAACUCUAAAAGCAACUCGGGACAUGCCAUCGAGCGGGUGUUUGAAGUAAGGAAAGCCAAAGGAGGGGCAAUUCUUGAUCCGGAUGACCAGACUGGACAUGUUCUCGACGACAAUGAAUUUGUCACUGUUGUACUGAACAGUGAUAUGUCCAGUCCUGCCACAGGUCCAGCCGAAGUUGUGUACUUUGAAGAAAAAGUACCAAAGGAGAACCAGAAAAUUGCAGUGGAUUACAUGUCAUUGGACGGUAACAGCUUAUCCACGGAGGAUUUGGUGAAACUUGGAAAAGGAGAAUUUCUAAUAAAACUGACAGCCGACGCCGAGGCUAGUGUGAACAGGGCCAGGGAUCUCUUGGACAAGAUUCUGGAAGACAAUACAGCUGUUUAUGGAAUCACAACUGGAUUUGGGAACUUUGCACGUGUCUUGAUAGACAAAGAUAAACUGGUAACUCUUCAAGAAAAUGUCAUCAGAUCGCAUGCUGCAGGCGUGGGACCGCCCUUAUCACCUGAGAGAACCCGGAUGUUAAUGGCCCUCCGGAUUAAUGUGCUGGCCAAGGGUUACAGCGGUAUCUCUCUGAAUACCCUUAACCGUGUCAUAGCAGCUUAUAACGCUAAUUGCCUACCUUGGGUGCCAGAAAAGGGUUCUGUGGGUGCCAGUGGGGAUUUGGCACCAUUGGCACACCUGAGUCUUGGCUUAAUGGGAGAAGGCAAGAUGUGGAGCCCGAACAGUGGCUGGGCAGAUGCCAAAUAUGUUCUUGAAGCUAACAACUUGGAGCCAGUCUGUCUCGGUCCGAAAGAAGGUAUUGCCUUGAUAAACGGCACUCAGCUCAUCACAUCCAUAGGAGCAGAAGCCGUGGAACGAGCGGAAGCCAUAUGUCGACAGGCUGACAUUGUUGCUGGUUUAACACUUGAGGUUCUGAAGGGAUCCACCAGAGCCUUUGAUGACGAUAUCCAUAAAGCGAGACCUCACAAGGGACAGGGUAAAGUAGCCGGCAGACUGCGGUCAUUGCUUCAUUCCGAUAUGCACCCAUCAGAAAUCGCAGAAAGUCACCGAUUUUGUAACCGUGUCCAAGAUGCAUACACACUCCGAUGUUGUCCACAGGUCCACGGGAUCGUGAACGAAACCAUUGACUUUGUAAAAGGUGUCCUGACAACAGAGAUUAACAGCGCUACGGAUAAACCCUGUAUCCUUUGUUAUCAGCCCAUUUUAUCCGGUGGAAAUUUUCAUGGAGAAUACCCAGCGAAGGUGCUUGACUAUCUGGCUAUCGGUGUACAUGAACUGGCGAAUAUGAGCGAACGACGGAUUGAAAGAUUAGUAAAUCCAUCACUUAGUGAAUUACCGGCGUUUCUGACUAACAAUGGAGGCAUAAAUUCCGGAUUCAUGGUGGCACAUUGUACAGCAGCGUCUCUUGUUUCUGAGAAUAAAGUGUUGUGCCACCCUUCAUCCGUGGAUUCCAUCACUACAAGCGGAGGAACGGAAGACCACGUGUCUAUGGGAGGUUCUGCGCGAAAGGCACUGCGCGUGGUGGAACACGUAGAACAAGGUUGCUUGCAAAUCGAACUCUUGUGCGCAUGUCAAGCAGUGGAAUUUCUACGACCCCUCCGUUCGACGCCGCCGUUGGAAGAGGUGUAUAAGCUGGUCAGAAAAGUGGUGGCGCCUUGGGACAAUGAUCGUUAUAUGGCACCUGACAUUGAAGCUGUAACAAAGCUACUACAGGAAGAACAGGUUUGGCGGGUGACGAAGCCUUACAUUGAUAAUUACGAUUCCAUCCAAACCGUCGACAUGCAAAUUAUGUCCCCAACAACAACAGUCUUGGCGGCACCAAAUGGGCCUCCCCCAAGACGCAAGAGGACUAUCAGCAACCGAAGAAAAUAGGUGGAGCUCACAUACAUGAGAGCAGGUUUUGGGGAAAGACGAGGGGCCAAGGCCUACAGAUUGUAAAUAACCUAAAAUUUCGCCCCCAAACGUGCGUUUUAGGGGCAAAUAAGUGUCAUAAAAUAUUAUAUUUGCCCACUAGGGUAUCACCCUAUACCUUCUAAACCAACCUAAUAACACCUUUCUAAGGUCAACUUUCGGUGAGAAAAAACUUAGCAACUUUGUCAUGGAAGGAAUUUAGGUCCGAUAAACAAGAGAUUAGUUGUGUAUCCUUAACUUAGACAGAUCUUAGGUAAUCUGUGAUACAUUGUGGAUAUUUGAGGUACAAAUCCAUCUGCAAAAUAAAUGACUUAUUGUUGUGUGGAAAAUUUCAUUUGUUUCGUAAUAACGUAUAAUUAAGGCUUUUUAGUGGCCUGUGCUCACCUGUCCGUUAGAAUUCCGAAAACAACAUUUGUUUUCUUCUUGAAAUCAUAAACAAAGAUAGACCAAUAGAACAUCCGAUGGAAAGUCAUAGAAGGUUAAGUAAUCUUGAGUAUUUGCAUCGUCAGAUAUUGCAUAGCUCCGUAGCUAUAAGAC